AUGGUCAAGAUCGAAGAUUGUGAUGGGGAUGGCGCCGCCGACCCGCCGCAGCCCAAUCCGGCUCCGGCACCCACUGCCGUAAAGGCGGAGGAGGCGAUUGAUGAUGGUCAGCCAGGCACUUCAUCCAGCUAUCUAAGGUCACACUUUAUCGGUAUGGGAUUUUCACCAUUACUGGUUGACAAAAUGCUUCAGAAACAUGGUGAUCAUGAUUCUAAUACUAUAUUGGAGUCACUUUUGUCUCAUCAUAAUUCUGGGUCCGAAUCGUCAAGUUCGUUAGGCAGUCUCUUUGAUUCUGACAAUGAAGAAAACAGUUCUAAACAAGACAUCAAGCCGGAGCCAGAUUCUUUCUUAGAAAGGAGGUCAUAUUUACUCCGCACAAUGAACUUCUCACAGACGGAAGUCGAUUUAGCAUUCGACCAAUUAGGUGAGGAUGCACUACUUGAUCAGCUUGUAGAUUUCAUUGUCACUGCUCAAGGAGGAGUAUUAUCGGGAGAUAUGGAAAAUGGCCAUGCUACAAAUGAGGUAAAAGCUGAAUCAUUGUUUGGGGUAAUGGAUAAAACGCUUCAUUUGCUUCAGAUGGGUUUUACUGAGGAAGAAGUGUCAUUGGCUAUUGAUAGCUUCGAUUCAGCUGGUGAGUAUAUCUCCCAUGCGUUGCGAGGAUUUCUUGUUGAGCAGGGUACUCUUACUCAGUUCUCUGGCCCUAAUGCUCAUGCUCAGAAUGGUGUGGCUGAGCGCAAGCAUCGUCAUCUUCUUGAGACGGCGCGUGCAAUGAUGGUCGCCGCCUAUCUUCCGCCUCACUUCUCCUCAAACUCAUGGUGGAUCAACAAGAGUCAGGAAGCAGCAGUUCAGGAGCUUGCUGACUCAAUUUUUGCAAGACGCAUUGCCAGUACCAUUGAGCAGAAACAGGUGAAAAUUGAGUCUGAAUUUCUAGGGGAGCAUGGGGAGCAAGAAACUGAAUAUUCAACAUAUCAUCAGAGGUUGAACUAUUAUGACGAUGACGAUGACAACAAAAGAGUUAAAAAGGCCAAGCAUAUAUUCAGAGACGAUAGAGGAGCCUCAAGUAGUCAUGCUGUGAAUCAACCUACUCCGUGGUUAAGUGGCGGUGUUGGGUCAGCUGGUGAUGGUUAUUUGAAGGAAGAAGAUUAUGAAAUGACAUCGGGCCCUCGUGCAAAUGUCCGUGGUGACCUUGCCAAGCCUCCCUUCUUCCUCUAUGGAAAUGUUGUUAACAUCACCAAAGAUGCGUGGUCUGAAAUAUCGGGUUUCUUGUCGGGUGUGCAGCCCGAGUUUAUAAAUAGUCAGCUUUUCUCAGCUUUGAUGCGAAGGGAAGGUUACCUUCAUAACCUUCCAACAGAGAGAAGGCAUGUUGUGGUUCCGAAGUCACCAAUGACAAUUGAGGAUGCAGUGCCUUCCGCAAGACAUUACUGGCCCACAUGGGAUACCAGAAAACAUAUUGGUAGUGUUACUUCAGAGGUGGCAGGAAUUGAACAACUUUGUGAGAUGUUGGGAAAGACCAUAAAAGAUUCACGAGGAUUUCUUUCAGAAGAAAAACGAGCGCAGAUCUUGCACCAAUGCAAGAUGGCAAAUCUUAUCUGGAUUGGUCAAGACCGGCUAGGCCCUCUGCAGCCAAAUCAAAUGGAGCGGAUAUUAGGUUACCCAUCAAACCAUACAAAUCUGUUUGGUCUAAACCCACCGGACAGGAUUGGUGCUAUGAAAUACGCUUUUCAAACGGACACCAUUGCUUAUCUUUUGUCAGUUCUAAAAGACAUCUAUCCAGAUGGUUUGAGGGUACUAUCCAUCUAUAGUGGAGUUGGGGGUGCAGAAAUUGCGCUGCAUCGUCUCGGUAUUCCACUAAAGUGUGUAGUGUCUGUUGAAGAGUCUGAUGUGAACAGGAAAAUUCUGAAAAGAUGGUGGGCAAAAACAGAGCAGAGCGGAGUUCUGAGACAACUAAAUGGCAUAUGGAAGCUAAAGACCGAUGCACUUGAGGACCUAUUUAAGGAAUUUGGUGGCUUUGACUUAGUUGUUGGCGGAAAUUACAGUUCAUAUAGAGGUGGGACGACAGUAAAUGCAACUAUGGGGAUGGACUCCGGUAAAUACUUUGAGUACGUUCGUGUUCUUCAAAGAGUGAGAAGUAUGCAGCACUUCUUUAAGUAG